AUGUGCGGGAUCUUCGCGUAUUGCAACUACUUGAAGGACAAGCGUCGUCAAGAGAUCCUCGAAAUUCUAUGCGGUGGUCUUGCUCGCCAGGAAUAUCGUGGUUAUGAUUCCGCCGGUCUCGGUAUUGAUGGAGACGAACCGGGCGAGGUUGUGUUCUUCAAAGAAGUAGGCAAGGUCGCGGGUCUUCGCAAGCAGAUCGCCAGUUCCACUAUCGAUGUCAACAAGAUCUUUGCGUCUCAGGUUUCGAUUGCCCACACCCGAUGGGCAACUCACGGACCUCCUUCCACUAUCAACUGCCAUCCUCUUCGUUCCGAUCCCACAUCCGAGUUCUGUGUCGUUCACAACGGUAUCGUUACCAAUAACGCCGAAUUGAGGACCGUACUUCAAAAACGAGGCUACACUUUUGAAUCUGAAACCGACACCGAAGUGGUCGCCAAACUGUUGAAAUACGUUUACGAUUCCAAUACUGGCAACAAACGAUUGUCGUUCAUCACGUUGUCCAGGACCGUCUUGAAGGAACUCGAGGGCUCCUUCGCUUUUGUCAUUAAAUCGACUCACUAUCCCAACGAGGUCAUCACUGCCCGCCGUGGUUCGCCCCUCUUGAUUGGCGUCAAGGCUGAGAGUAAACUCAAAGUCGACUUUGUUGACGUCGAGUUUUCUGGAGAGUCUGGAGAAGGUGGCGUUACCACUGAUGCCCUCUCCCCUACCACUCCUAGUUUCCUCGCUCCUCCCACUGGUUCUCGUAUGCGCCGAAGGUCCCGUGCGUUUAUGUCCGAAGAUGGCCUUCCACAACCCAUCGAGUUCUUUGUCGCUUCUGACGCGGCUGCUGUAAUCGAACACACCAAACGCGUACUCUACCUCGAGGAUGACGACAUUGCCCACAUCUCCGAAGGCCAGCUUCAUAUUCACCGAUUGAACCGCAAAGACUCUGGCGAUGUUACCGGCUCUCCUGUUCCGUCCACACGAAGCAUCGAGACCCUCGAGCUUGAAAUUGCUGCUAUCAUGAAAGGGAAAUUCGACACCUUCAUGCAGAAAGAAAUCUACGAGCAGCCUGAAUCUGUCGUCAACACCAUGCGUGGACGCGUCAACUUCGACAACAACAAGGUUACUUUGGGUGGUCUCAGGGCCUACUUGCCUAUCAUGCGUCGUUGCAGAAGGAUCGUUUUCAUUGCUUGUGGCACCAGUUACCACUCUUGUAUCGCGACAAGACAGAUCUUCGAAGAGUUGACAGAGAUUCCUGUCGGCGUCGAGCUCGCGUCCGACUUCUUGGAUCGUAGAACCCCGAUCUUCCGAGACGACGUGUGCGUGUUCCUCAGUCAGAGUGGAGAAACUGCCGAUACCAUUUUGGCGUUACGGUACUGUAUGGAGAGAGGUGCUCUUUGUGUGGGUGUGGUGAACACUGUCGGUUCUACCAUCUCUCGUGAGACUCACUGCGGUGUGCACAUCAAUGCCGGCCCUGAAAUCGGUGUUGCCUCCACCAAGGCCUAUACUUCUCAAUACAUUGCCCUGUUGAUGAUUGCUUGCCAACUCUCUGAAGACCGAAUUUCCUUCACCCCUCGACGAGAAGCAAUUGUGCAAGGCCUGAGGGAAUUGCCCAGCCAGAUCAAGGGCGUGCUGGCUUUGGACGACGAAAUCAAGGAGAUUGCUGAUCUCGUUAAAGGAAACAAGUCGCUUUUGCUCAUGGGUCGCGGAUACCAGUACGCUACGUGUCUGGAAGGCGCCCUCAAGAUCAAGGAAAUCAGCUAUAUGCAUUCUGAGGGUAUCCUUGCCGGAGAACUCAAGCACGGUCCCCUUGCCCUCGUCGAUCAGUCCAUGCCUGUGAUUAUUGUCAUGACCAAAGACUCCUUGUACCCUAAGGUGCAGUCAGCGUUUGCUCAGAUCACUGCUCGUAAGGCACGACCCAUCGUCCUAUGCAAUGAGGGUGAUGAGGGUAUUCCUGCUGGCGUGAAGACUCUCAGAGUUCCGAGGACGGUCGAUUGUCUCCAGGGAUUGCUGAACAUCAUUCCCAUGCAGUUGCUCAGUUACCACUUGGCUACGGCCCACGGUCAUGACGUUGAUUUUCCUAGGAACUUGGCCAAGUCUGUAACAACCGAGUAA